CUGCGGAGUUCUCCGUAAAAAGUAAUUAAUAUGGAUUGAAAGCUCGGAUUCAGUGGCGGAGUUUGAAAACUUAUCUCUCCAAGCAAGGCUAGUGGGAUUGCCUGGAGUGAACACAAGUAAUUCCUGCUGACCGGGAGAAUCGGACUUGUUUGCCAUCCAAGAUAAAGUCCAAUGAUCAAUAGCAUGGUUUGCUUUAUUACUUGUGUGGAGGAGACGUUAAAAUCCCUCUCCUAUUGAAUUACAUUCAUACAUUGCUGUGUUCCGAAAUUCAAACUUAUCGAUCUGUAGCCACAAGUGAUGCAGUAUAUGUACAUAAAUAUACGAGUGUAAUUGAAAAAAAAAAAGAGCCCCCCGAAAAUAUGACACAGAUGUUACUUCGGGAUUUCAGUGAAAUUCACGGAUGUGAAAGGAAAAACAGAUAUCUGGAAAUUUAGUCAAUGGGUUAAAAUUUUAUGUCCAGAAAUCUGAAUAGAAUAAGCAUUUGGAUAUACGCAUGGCCACUCCAUAAGAUCUCGACCGACAAGUUUCUUCAGUCAGAAAAUAAACAGAAGAGAUAGAUCAACAAGUUCUUUGAAGCGCGCAUGCGCUUCUGAUGCGAGUAAUUGCUGGGAAUGUUAAGAUGGCGACUUACUUAUAUUUCGAUAUUCAACAUGUGUUAAAUUUGUCGUGUUCUGUGGAAUAUUACUUCUAAAAGUGUAUUGAUGAUUGGAAAUUAUCAAACAAGUGUUGAGUGAGUUAGUUAUGUCUUUUAUUCCCAGUCUGCCCUUGUUUUAUUGGAAUGCAAUCGGUUUUCAGCAACUCGCAAGAGGAUUUUUUAUUCAAUCUAUCGGUGGAGGCUAUUCUGGUCAACAAAACAGCGACCAUUUAAGAAAGGUAAUGCCAAAUAGUGAAGAAAGUGUGUUAUUUAAAAAGGCAAAAACAAAUUCUUUUGGAUAAAUGUAGUCAGGUACAGAAAAAAAAAUCUUUCAUGCUUUUCCUAAAUUUUCUGAAAGUGUGCUCUUUUUCUGAACUAUGAUAUUAAGCUAUGAAGAUGGGAAUACGUCAUAUGUUAAGCCGAACAUUCACAAACCGAACGUCUGGGCAAAGUGUUCAUACACUCAGUGUGUUAUCCUUAUAACAACCAUUAUGGUGUUUACAAAAGCCUGUCUUGGCUCGGGUUUUCCUGAGCUCUCCGUUUGCGGACCAGUAUAUUAUUCGAAUGUACAUUCUAAAAUCAAGAAUCAGUGCCUUUUUCUUGAUAGACAAUUUAUACAAGAUAUUUGUGUCGAUAAGAGGACGCUCCGGCCCCCCGAGACCCACUUAAAAUUUUGCAAUAUGUACACUCUCAACCAUUUAAUACCUCAGAAUGAAUCCGCGAGAUGGAUGGGGAACAGUGAAUGUAACCAAACUCUGGUAGAUCUGAUGGGAAACGACAACAAUGCUUUUGAGGAGUUUCAACUGUUUGAAAGUCUGUUGGAGCGAGUCGACUGUGAUACUGUGUACUCCGUCAGGUGGAGCUGCAGCGUUUGUAGGGAGGCUUACAAGUUCUGGUUAUGCUCACAACAUAUUCCCGUGUAUAGCCGGCUCUCCCCCUCCCCGUUACCUCCCUGUGAUGAUUUCUGCUCAGGAGUAGAAAAACAGUGUCCAUUUCUCAAGCCUCUGACCGAGUCAACUUAUGCAGGGGAACCUAGUUUUAUAUGCAAAGAUCCAUCAUCGGAUAUGGUGCCAAGUCUUUCGGAGCAAUGUUACAAACAGUGUUAUUUAACAGACGAAAAUAAUGCAAAAUGUCUUCGUCAUUUUCCGUCACGACACAACUACAGUGCUGCCCACUAUUCAAAUACCACGGACCGUAACUCCUGCUGCUCCAUUUAUACAAACUCAUUUACAAGGAUAUGUUUGCAUCUAAUUGGUCUAUACCUUGUUAGGACAUUGUUAUUAUUUAUUUCUAUAGGUUUAACUUAAUGGAAUAGUUGUUUAUUUAGGUGUAGUAGUGACUGAGUUUGGAAGUGAAUGCGCGUGUGUGAAGCCUGUUUGUGUGAGGUGUUGCGUUUCUUAGUUUUGGUCUCACGUGAUGAAUUUGUUUUAUGAGCAAUAAAGCAUAUUUACUGACUUGCUCUUCAAACUGGCAAAGUUAUUUAAUUUAUUUUGUAGUAUACUCGUUCAUCUGCACAAUAAUAAUGUUUAUACACACGUGCUGAUUACAAUAAAUAAUUAUUUCAAUAGAAAAAAGUGGCCUCUGUAUAUUGUUUUUUUUUUUUACUUUUUAAAUUCACUGUUUGCUGUCUAUAAUUUUAUUUAUCUAUCUUUGAAAUCUUAAUUUAGUUCAGCUUGUAUAUGAGCAUCAUUCUGGAAACAGUGCUUUCAAUUAUUUUUAUUUUAUUUUCAUUGUUUAGAGGGGCUAGAUUCCAAAUACUGUUCAUUUUCAAAGGUGAUAUAAACUUAGAAUAUUUCUUCUUGUAACAAUAAACACUGUAAAUAAAAAUCUUACAUUUUUUGACAACAAUUGGAUGGAAAACUAGAAAACUUUUUCUAAAUUAAUAUUUAUUGGUAAACAGAGAGACUGUAUAUAUAGGGGAAGGGUGUAUUUGAUAGGAUACUGAUGCGGUUAUUAUCUUGUUGUCUGUCAGUCAGUCUUUCUUUCUGUCUAUGUCCUUUCCAAGUUUAAAAUACUGUUUCCUAAAGUAGGCAAUACUUAUACCCUGUCUUGGUUUGGCCAAAAACAUUAAUAUCUACUUUUUUAAAGAUACAACUCUAUUCAGAUAAAUUAAUGUUUCUCUAUCUAAAUUGAAAUUCUAAUUUACAAAAAAAUGAUAAAUUUAUAGAUCUAUUUAAAUGAAAACAUUUUGUCUGAAUUCUUUCGGGUGAUUAUCAUUUUUGUAUUUAGUUUAAUUUAAAAUCUUACAGCCAAAAUUUUUAGUCUAGCAAAAACAAUGUCACCAACUCAACUUUGUUGGUAUGACCGUAGAAAAGAAAAAUCUUUUUUUUUAAUCUGGAAGGGCAAAACCAAAAAAAUGGCAAUAAUGAAGAUCAAUAUAUAUAGGCUCUCAGUUACUUUCUAAUUUCUAUUGAAGAACUUUUAAGUUCAAACAAACAGUCAAGGAAAGACUUUCCAAAGGCAACAUUAAUUGUUAUAAUCGAGAUUUUGGUUAUUUUCAUUACUUCUGCUAGGUUUCAAAAUUAAAAAUAGGCAUACUUUGAGAGUUUCAACGGUUUAUGCCGCAAAAAAUAUCUUAAAUAACAUGUCAUAAAUUAUUUGUUCAUGAAAUUACAUCAGCAUUAAAUUUUAUAUAUUUCGAAAAAAAAGGAAAUAAGUACAUCUGGCAGACAGACACGGGUACAUUUGAACAAAGAAAACGUACAUUUAACGUCUCUCAAAGAAACCACAACGUCAAAAUUUUAAAAAUAGUUUGUAGUUUAUUUAAGCGUUCUGUUUUACCUUAAGCUUGAGAGUUUCCUGUUAGUCUUUCAGGUUCAAUUUUUGACCAACUGUAUCUGUUGAAGAUUUCUUAAUAUGUUUCGAGUUGUUUUGUUUUGAUUUAUAAUAACUUAUUCGAUAAUUUAUGGAUACAAAUUUCAUUUAUAUUUAUGUCUUGUAUUACCACAUUGUACCAGCAAUAAACUUAACAUUGAUCGAACGAGGAUGACGUUUGUAAAAAAUUUUGGUAAUCUAUACCGUCAACUGUGGUUUAAAGCAUUACAAUCAUAUUUUCAUGACAGAUGGUUAGAUUUAUUGAUUAAAAGUAAA